GGGAUUGUAGUUUUACAGAUUUGGCCACACUAUUCGUCGUUGUUAUGUUUUGAGGUGGUGGUUGUCGUAAAUGUCGGGGUUAUUUCUGUGCAUUUAAUGAAUCUCUUACCGAAAUCACACGAAGAAUUUAGCCAGCAAGAAUAUUGGAAUACUUUCUUUAAAAAACGAGGCAGUAAAGCUUUCGAAUGGUACGGAGAAUAUCCAGAACUGUGUGGAUUAUUGCACAAGUACAUAAAACCAAAAGACGCCGUUCUUGUAAUAGGCUGCGGAAAUUCGGUCCUCAGUGCAGACCUAUAUGAUGUGGGCUAUAGGAACAUCACCAACAUCGACAUCAGCCACGUGGUCGUCCGCCAGAUGCGGGAGUCUCAGGGCAAGGACCGGCCGGACAUGGCGUACCUCCAGAUGGACGCUCUCGACAUGACGUUCCCGGACGGGCGGUUCAGCGCCGUGCUCGACAAGGGCACGCUGGACGCCCUCAUGCCCGACGACUCCGGAGAGGCGGUCGCGAGGGUCGACAAGCUGUUUCUGGGCCUAGAUCGUGUCCUGCGCGUGGGCGGGCGCUACGUCUGCGUGUCCUUGCUGCAAGAGCACAUCCUGCGCGAGUUGCUCGGCUUCUUCCCACCCUCGGGCUGGAUGUUCCGCGUGUGCCGCUGCUUCGAGGCCGAGCAGAAAGCUUCCGAGGCCGGCAACGAGGCCAACUUCCCCGUUUUCUUCGUCGUCUGCACCAAGUUCAAGAAGCUUCCCAACGUUAAACCUGUGCUGGAGCUGAGCCUGACCGGGGAGCAGAUUCAGCGGGUGGAGUCCCCAGGGGACGUGGCGGCGGCGGUGCGCUCCCUGCAGCACUCGGCUCUGGUGCUGUCGCGCCUGGGGAGAGGCAGCCUCGCGGACCACGGGGAGGUGUGCCUGGACCUGUGCCGGCCCGACGAGGACAGCCCCCGCUACACUGUCCACGUCCUGGACCAGCAGUUCUCCAGGGUGGGCGGCCGGCGCUACGCCGCGUUCAUCGUGCCCCAGGGCAGGGAGACGGAGUGGCUGUUCGCGACGCCGGAGGGCCGAGACGCGCUGCUCAAGUCGGCCGGCUACGAUCGUCUGGCGGUGGUGGCGCUGUGCAGGGGCCACGCGUUCCAGGGGCUGGACGCGGUCCGGGAGGAGCUCAACGAGAGCGUCCUGCACCUGGCUCCCCCCGGCCUCGCCAGGAGCACCAAGAUCCCGUUCCUGUCGGUGGGGGCAGACGUCGGCCACAGGGACGUCUGCUACCGGGGCCACAGCGCCAUCUCGGGCGACUUCGUGGUGGAGGAGGUGGAAGGCGACGGCGGCCAUCUCUUCCGCAGGCUGGUCUUCCUCAGCAACCAGAACGUGGUGCAGUCAGAGGCGAGGCUCAAGCUGCUGAAGUCCCGCAAGGGGAAGCCGCGCAAGGUGGUGGACGUGGGCCACCUGGCGUGCGAGCACCACACGUACAUGACGGUGGGCGUGGCACUGGCGGCCCGCGACGGCAGCGAGGUCGGCGCGGCCGUGAUCGGGCUGGGCGGCGGCGGCCUCUGCACCUUCCUGCAGCACUGCUUCAGCCGGAUUCGAGUCACAGCUGUGGAUAUUGAUGGGACCAUGCUAGAAGUUGCGACAGAAUACUUUGACCUGGUCCAGGAUGAAAGGUUGGAUGUGUAUAUUCGAGAUGGCAUUCAUUUUAUCCAGCAAGCUGCAGAGAAAGGAACCAACUACCACUGUGUGUUGUUUGACGUGGAUAGCAAAACUCCUGGCUCGCCAAUGAGCUGCCCCCCUCAGCAGUUUCUGGAACCAGCCGUGCUGGAGGAUGUGAAGAAGUGCGUCGGCGAGAAAGGGAUAUUUGUUCUGAACUUAGUAUGUCGUGUGCCUGAUUUGCGGAGGGAUGUGAUAAACAACUUAAAAAGUGUGUUUGCUUCUGUGAUCUCGUACAAACUGGAGCAGGAAGUGAACGAGAUAGUGUUUUGCUCGGCACAGACCGGCAUGGAAGAGUACAAGUGGAAGAAUUGCGUGGAGGAAGCGGCCAACAAGGUCAAUGCACUGGCCAAGAAAAAGAAGUUGCAGUCGUCAGACCUCGUCAACGUCAGAAACUUUGUGUGCGCUUUGCAGUUCAAUUUGUGAGCUUCCAGGAAAAUUUCUCUAUCAGAACUACAUGAGCAUUUAUAAAAUGAAUAUUAUUAAUUGAAAUAAUGAAUUCCCAAAGUAAAAAAGAAAAAGAUUUUGAUUUACAAGAAUAUAUAUAUAUAUCUAUUUUUUUUUUGUUUAGUACAAAUUUCAAAGUGAAUCAAACUGACUGUGUUUGGAUUUGUCUCUUGCGGUGCCUCUUUAGUAAACUUAUAAAAAUUAUUUUGUUUUAGUUUCUCUGUAAGACACCUUACUGUGAUCAUCAUGAAAUUUAAUCCAGCUGUUUGAAAUACUGUGAUUUUUUUUUCUUUCCAAAUCUGCAGCUAAUUCUUAACUGACUAUAGUUGUGCACACUUUCCCAAUUCUCCUAACAUAAUAGGUAGUAAAUUUGAGUAAAAGUCCAUCAUAAUUUAGGCCAACAAGAUUUAAAAGUUUUAUUGGCAUAAUUCAGGAAGCAAUAAACUUACAAUAUUAGUUUAGUAUUUGUGCUUUAUCUAGGAUCCAAGCAAGGUGUCCAGGAUGAUAAGGAAAUUGUCACAGGUGUAAUAAAUGUUCAUGACUUUAUUAUGUUUACUUAAAUUAUGGGGCCUAAAAUAAAAAAAGUUUACAAGUAAUAGAAAAUUUUGUAAAUAGAUGUUUACAGAAAACUUGGGUAAUUGAUGUUUACAGAAAAUUUUCUCUUGUAUAAUCAAACAUUAAAAAAUGUGCCAAAAUAAUUUGAUUGGUUAAAAAAAGGUGGUUUCUGCCAUAUUCAAAUAUAUUAAAGAACUUUGUAAAAAGAACACAAAAUAAAAAUUGAUAUUUGCUUUAU